CAAGGGCUUCAUGGCCGCUCCAGCGUCUUCCAGCGGGCCCCGACCCAAGAUUACCCUCGGGGGAAAGAAAUCAGGCCCUGCCGGUCAAGUGCUUGCUGACCCGACCAUCCCUUCCGGUGUGCCCCUAGACAUCACUUCAGCUCAGUCGGCCUCUUUCGACCAGGACCUGCAGGUCAUUCGCGUUAAGACCAAGCGGGGGAAGGAAAACGCUCCGAAUGCAGAUGUUGAGGAGGUCCCCCCACUGAAACGGGCCAGAGGGUCAGACUCCCCGACCCAGACACCCGUCAUCGAUGUCCUGCUGAGCGGGGAACAUCCCGCGACCAAUCUUAGCCGGCUGAAUGAGCUGAUCCCGGUCGAUGACGGUGCGAAGGGCUUGUCGCUCGACCAGAUUAGGGAGCGGGGCGCCCAUGACGUCGUGCAGCUGACUCACACUCUGACGGCCCUGUUCCGCCGAGCAAAGGCCACGGAGGAUGGUGAAGCAUUGCGAAAGGCCGCUGAGCGCCACGAGAUGGACGCCAAGGAGCUGCGACACAGGGUCAAGUCCACCACCGACAGGAUGGUCAAGGUAGAGGCCCAGGCGAAGGAGACCCAACGUUUGCUCGGGAGCCCCCGGGAGCUCGCGGCCCGGGUCUGCAGUGACCGGGCAGAGGCUGAGGACUUCUUUCGCCACUUUUUGAAGAACUCGGUUGGUGAGGAACUAGCCUGGACCUUAGCCAAGUGGGCUUUCAACGCCGGUCAACGUCGGGGGCAACAGGAGGACCGGGGUGCUCUGGCUGCCUCGCUCGACGACGACGACUUAGCGUCUGUUCUUGGCAUCCUUCCCGAUGAAGUACCUGAUCCCGGUCCCGAGCCGUUUGCAACCUCGUCGGCCACCGAGCAACCUCUUCCCGGCGAAUCUCACUCGCAAGCGCCUCCCCAAGAGUAGGUUGAAUGAACGGGAGCCCGACCCCGAAUUUGUGUCGUGCUGUUUGCGCCAAGCGCCUUUUGACUUGGGGAGCCCGACCCCCAUGUGCC